AUGAGUUUGGGUCAGAUGAAGAAGAGAAAGACAGGAGCUUCUCAGGCCAAAGGAGAAGAACUUGCUCAAUGCAAAAAAUACAGUGGAGACCAACAUCAUUCUGCUUCCUUUGAAGUCCAUGACAUUAUCCUAACACAGUGGGAUAUGCCAAAGGGUAAAGGGAAAAUU